AUGCCGAAGAUGGCGCCGGGGAUGUUCUCUGCGGCUGUGGGGCCCAGAAGCGAGACGUCCUCGCAGACUGGCUCCGAUUCAGAGACAAGCAGCGUAGAGGAGAUGCUGACGGGACAAAGUGUAAAUAGCAUCAUGCGACAGCGCGUCCGUGGUGUGCCUGGAUUCAGCGAUUCGGAUGAUUUUCUGGAGCCGAAGGUGCUCCAUCAUCCGAUCAGGCAGAUCUUCAAGUUGCCUUCACGAGCAGCUCUUUCGAUCCUGAUCGUGCUGGCUGCGCUGCUUUCCUCAGUAUUGACUUUUGUUUAUCCGAUGUUGACCUGGCAGAGUGUGAACAUGGAAACGGUGGUCGACUUCCAAGCCUCGCUCGAUGAGCAAGGAACGGAACUGCACCGGUUGGUCCACGAUGCGAGCGUUGCGAGCUACCGUGAGUUGCUGGUGAACAUCGAGUGGUCUAUCUGGUGGUUCGUGAUUGAGCAGCCAUCGAAGGCAGUGCAGGCACUGUACUCCUCGCUGAAGCUGGAACCAGGCUGGCAACAAGAGACCGGCAAGAUAGCGAAGGCAGAGCAGACCAUCCUCACCACUCAGUACUGGGUCAACAGCCCGGCCUUCAGCAUGGACAAGGUGGUCAGCGGCGUUGGUGUGGGAGCUGCGAAGAACCUUUGCGCUGCCUACUGCGAUGGCUUCAUGGUGUGCGUUCUGCGCGCGGCGACAGGAACGAACGACUUCAGAGUCGUGCAAUCACCGGCUUAUCCCACGCCCGGAAGAGGCACGACCGUGAGCAUCUUCAAAAAAACUGCGACCGGGCCGCCGUCUCUGAAUCAGACGGUUGCCGAGUUUUUCCCGACCAAGACCCGCGAGUACCUGCAGCAGGCCCAUACCCGGGAUCCGGAGAACUCAUCCGCUGACGCCUGGACUGGUAUAUACCCAUUUGCGAUGCAAGAACCGCUGACAGCGUCUGGCGUCAAGGAUGUCGCCAAAUGCGGCUACGGCCGAACUCUGCCUAUCCCGAGGUGCAUCGGCGGCUGUGCUGGAUCUUGUGGGGUUAUUUUCUCACACAUUCCCCUGACACAUGCUUAUUCCGCUUGUCAAGAGAACUGGCACCUUAUCCGGAAUCGCCUGGCGCAUUCCGUUUACGACUACCCUUUGACGCCGGACGAGUCCAGCGUGUUCUUGCUCGUUCAGGAGUCGUCUGCUCGCCCCGAUCAAGUCGGAUACCUGGUAGCUGCCAGCAACAGCGACUAUGCUGCAGGCUGCAAUCUUCAGCCUGCCACGGACUUUGGCAUUCCAGUUGUGAACAAAGCUGCCCGGGCUCUUGCACUGCGCUUUAACGGAGAUUGGAAGGCAAAAGAGCUGAGAGAGAAGCUCUUCCACAUGAACUUCACAACCGAGGGGCUGGAUACCGGUCAGUGGAAGCCGUGCAAGAACAUAACCGACGCCUUCCACUGCUUUGGGCUGGGCACGCGGCGAAUCAAUCUUGACGACGGCCUCGCAUGGUUGGCAGUAGUGGUGCUGCCCUGGGGAGCUUUCACCAAUGGAACUUUGCAGCAACAGCGCCUCAUCGAAGAACGGGUACGACAGCGGAUGGACGCCAUUCAAGCAGCGCGCGCAGACACCUGGAGGAAGGCGGCGCUGUUGGUCUGUGCUGCAGUCUUUUUCGUUCUGUCGGCAGGUUGGAUCAUCAGCACCGUGGCGGUCAGAUCUCUUGACAGGUUGCUGGACUAUCUGCGCAAGCUGGCGGUUUUGGACUUCCAUGGGCUUCCAGGCCUUGACAAGUCCAUCGAGCUCCGGCUCUCUCCGUUGCGGGAGGUCGCUGAGCUCCAGCUUGGGUUCCUCAACCUGGCUCGAAGCGUGGAGUGUUUCGCCCGCUUUGUGCCGGAGACUGUGGUGCGAAGGAUACUCCGUGGGGAUCGCAACUCCACCACCAUCAAUGUCCGCAGGCGUCAGGUGACGAUCAUGUUUUCUGACAUCCGGGGCUUCACAUCCAUAUCAGAGGUGCUGUCGCAAGAGGACUUACUCACCCUGCUGUACCUCUACCUCAGUGAGAUGACGAAGAUCGUUGAACGCAUGGGCGGCGUUGUGAGUGAGAUCUUGGGGGACGGCUUGUUGGUACUCUGGAACACGCCAGACGACCUCCAGGACCAUAAUGUCGCAGCCUGCUCUGCGGCCAUCGCCCAGCAGAAGGCACUCCCGAAGCUGAAUGCCACUUUCGCGGGCCUUGGACUUCCCAGCGUGGCGAUACGCAUUGGCAUUCACACGGGAGAUGUGCUUGCUGGCAACAUAGGCAGCAACAAGAAAAUGAAGUAUGGCUGCAUGGGCGACCCCAUCAAUCUUGCCAGCCGACUUGAAGGCCUCGCCAAGCACUACGGCGUGGGCACACUCUGCUCAGAUGCGACGCGCAUGACUUUGCCGAACACCUUCCUGUGCCGAAAGCUGGACCUAGUCAAGGUGAAGGGCAAGGAGGAGGCUGUCUGGGUAUACGAGUUGAUCGAUGAAGUCACCGGGCCAGCAGAUGGUCAUCCUUCGAGCCGCUUUUUGCAGCUGUACCAUGAUGCGCUGGAGGCAUUUCACCGCCGAGACUUCGUGAAUGCAAUUCGCUUGGCAAAUGCCUACCUGGCGCAGGAGCCACAAGACCUGGCGUCCCAGCGCCUCAUCGAACGUGCGGAGGAUGCCAGCAAGCUACCUCCGACCGCCUCCUGGAGUCCUGUUCUGGAAAUGACGGAGAAGUGA